AAAAAAAUUGUUUGCUGUCUCUCUUUUUCUUUUUAUGGAUUCGCCCUCAAGGAGUUUCAAAAUCACAAUUACGACAGAUAACAGCUACUGUGUAACGAUUUUUUUUUCUCUUUUCACUAUGAAUAAACAUAAGCUUAUAGAUGACUAUCAAGAAUUAAAAAGAAAACCGAAAUCAAAAGAAGCACUCGAGCUAUUGAAAAAGCUAGCUUCUCAAGUCAAACCAAUUCUCUCAAAGCACAACUGGAAGAUCACAACCCUUUGUGAAUUCUUUCCCGAGAAUCCCAACUUGCUAGGCAUCAAUGUCAAUAGAGGCUGGCAGAUAAAGUUGAGAUUGAGGCCACAUUACGACGAGAAUCAAUUUCUAGAAUACCAUGAUAUAUUGGGCACUUUAUUACACGAAAUAGUUCAUAUUGUGAGAGGGCCUCAUGAUGAAAUCUUCUAUAAAAAACUAGCAGAGCUUCAGCAAGAAACAGAAGCAUUGAUGACAUCAGGAUAUACUGGGGAAGGUUUUUACUCAAAAGGACAUUUGUUGAGUUCCUCAUCAUCUGUCCCAAGAUACUUGAGUAACCAAGCUGCUGCAUCGGCAGCAGAAAAACGGCUCAAAAUGUCAAAAUGGAUGACUCCUCCAGGCGGGAAGCGAUUGGGCGGCAAUAGCUCUCACAAUAAGCAUCUCUCGCCUGCUCAAUUAGCAGCACAGGCAGCACAAAAAAGACUGCAGGACAAGGUAUGGUGUGGUGGAAGUGUAGACAACAAGGAUCAAGAGACUACAAACAAGAGAAGACUAGUUGAUUCUCCUGUCACGAUUGGAAAAAGAAGCCGUGUAACUAUCGAUUUAACUGCAGAUGAUCAAGAAGAAAAUGACGAUUGGGCUUGUCCUACAUGUACAUAUUUAAACAACUCUAUUGUCUUGUCCUGUAUAAUGUGUUUUACAGAGAGAUCUUAUACCCCUCCUCAAAGCGAUGUUUGGACAUGUCCACAAUGUGAAUUAGAGAACGAAAAGAAGUGGCAAACAUGUACGGCUUGUGCCUUUGUUUAUUUAAGAUAGGAAUUAAAUGAACAUUUGGACACUCAUUGGUUUUCGAACUGCAUUUGAAAAUCCUUCAUGAUAUCGAUAGCUUAUUCUAGAAAUAGACGAAUCAACUGUAGAAAAAAAAAAGUCAGUUUACAAUCUUAGAACAAAGUUGCAUUACCUUCCAUUUUGGCACUUGUGGUA